AUGCGUCGUGUGCUGCUUUUCCGCAAUCGCGUGGACUUCGUGGCAACGCUCAUCCAGCAGGGACGACUUGCGGAUAUGUUGAUGCUGCACCAUUUCUCGUCGCAGGGGACGCAGGCGGCUCACGCAGGCAACGCAGUUGAAGGAAGCAGCGGCAGCGGGACCAACGUGUCAGUGGCUGGAGACGCACGUCGGGCGUUGUUGGCAAAGAGUGAGGCUGUACGAGCAAAGGCAAUGGCACUGCCCUGCAUGGGUUGGUUGGAGGACGCCUAUGGGGUGGGAGAGUGGUGCGCCCUCUCAGAAUCGCAGGACAUGGUGCGAGCUGUGGUGAGCGCCAACGACCCCACCCGUGCUACGUUGCGUGGGACGUUCCUUGCAUUGGUGCAGGAGGGCCGUUCCCCGGCAUCUGUGCGGCUUGCCGCGUCGAAGGAAAGCGGGGAAGCCCUACUUUUGACGGUGCCGUUGGAGCAGUCCGGUGAAAAGGUGCGCAGCAGCAUCGUUGGCGGCGGGCUCCGUACCGUGACGCUGAACGAGGCGGAGGCGUCGGUCGUUUCAGACGCCGCUACCGCUGUGGACGCCUUUGCCGCUGAGCAGAACAUUAUCUCGGCCGCGGUGUGCAGAGGCAUCCUCGGCAAACUGGAGGAAAUCUGCGCUCUGCAUGCCACCCACACGAUGCGCUACGAUGCCCUGCUAGUCCGCAACCCAGCUGUGCAAAAGCGACUCUCGCAGCUGGUAUGCGCUCGCUUCAGUCUAGAGGCGCUGAGUUCGUUUGUCGCUACUGCUGCCGUGGAUGAGCCCCUGCCGCUGGUGGAGUCCGUCGCGCUUCGCAUACACGCGAAGCACGCGCUCUCCGCAGGGAUAAGGCACGCGCGCGACGUCAUUCACGGUACAGCGAUGCUAAAGGCCAGCCCGCACCGCUCGAAGCCAGAGCGUCUCAUAGACUACCCCUACGCGAGGCAGCUGUUUGACGCAGAGCUCGAUGUCAUUUCGAGUCUCGGAGGUUCCUGCGAGGCGGCGAUGCGACGGUCCUUCACACCACUCUUGGCGCACUCGCAGGCGCAAGUGUCCAUGGGGGUGCAGAGCUCAAUGGCGGCGGUGCUUGUCGGGGGCAGUAGUGUGAGUGUCAACCUGGCCGCUCCGCACGUGAACCUGCGCGUGAGCGCCGCAUCUCUGGAGGAGGACAUCACCACGCUGCUUCAACGCGUUCAAGAGCAGAAAAAACGCACGGACCCGCUCUUUGUGAAGGCUGUGGCGCAGUACUCGGCGGAGGUCUUUGCAAACACGGCCGUUGUGUACCGAGCCACAGGCUCCCUCACGCGCGAAGACGACGCCGCCCCACGCGAUUGGCUGCUCACGCAGGCCUUCUGUGCUGACUCCCGUACGCGUCGUUCGGCGAUUCUCCGUGACUGGGAAAUGUCGAGUGCGGCGCGAAAAGCCGUCGGCAAAGCGGCUGACCUCAGCGGCUGCACAACGCACCCUGUAGAGCUCGCGAACGCAGAGCCUGUUCGGAAGUCGCAAGCGCCACCAAAAGCUACCGCGAGGCGCGAGGCGCAAUAG